GCAAACGUAUUUAAGUACUUUUACGUCUUGAAUGCUGGGAGUGGUAGGGAAAAGGGGUGGUUCUACUUUACGGGCCGGGUGGUGGUGGGAUAAGACCGAUGCUGAGGUGGAACACUUGAGUCGUUGGAAGACGAAAGGGUUAAGCCCCAACGAGUAUAGUCUGACCUCGGGGGAGUUAGAGGAUGUGGGGGAGUUGGAAAGAGGGGGUGUGGGUUUGCUGGAUGUUAUGGAGUACACAAGCCAGAGGAUGUUAGACGCGGCUGAGAUAUAUAGGCCGAGCUCGCAACUGGGAGAGGAGAUGAACAAGUUUCUGGACGCAGCUGGUGGGGUUGGGAUCCCGAAGAAGGGAAGAGGGAAGAGAGGCGAGGCCAGGAGGCGGUUGGAGGAGGUUUCACUGCCUCAAGUUGAAAUGGAUAACGUAGCCAUCGCUCAAUCUGGUCACACUGGAGGAGAAGUGACGGUUGCUGAGGAGGGGCCCAUUGUGGCGAAGAGGAGGUUGGAGCAACAAGGGGCCGUGGUGGAAUUGGAGGAGGUGCCAGCGCCUGCGACUUCAACUCUUCGCCUGGAAGGGACCUCGUCAGCCUCAGCUGCCGAGUUUGCUGCUACGCUUCAGGAGCACGGGUACAUCCGAGCGCAGACGACCAGUUUUUAUGACUCCGGGAUGAGGAGCACGGCGAAGAGGUUCAUCAACACCUACUUCCCGGAGGUGGAUCGCCAGCGCGCGAAGGACGAGGUGGCUGCCCGGGGUUCAGUUGGCGUCGUCCGUCAAACGCUGGAGGCUGUUAAUCUUGUGAAUGCUUUGGCCAAUGAGCAUCACGAGAGUUUAAAAGAGAGGAACCAGAUGAGGAAGGAGAACGCCGAGCUCGUUAAGAAGAGCGAGGCUGCCGAGAUCGAGGUGGAGAAGUUGAAGGCUGAGAUGGAGGAGCUCCGGAAGGAGAACGCUACCCUUAAAAAGGACUCUGAAAACUCGUACCAGAAGAGGAAGAUAUGUGAGGCCGAGUUGGAGAAGAGGGAGAAGGAGGUGGAGGAGGCGGAGAAGGUGGUGGCCGAGUUGGGGCUUAAGGUUCACAACUCAGUUGAGGAGCAUGUGGAGGGGUUCCUGAAGUCCAGCACCUUUGAGGAUAUCGUCAACCUCUAUCGCCUUCCUACUGCCAUUUUGGCCUUCUCUGACUGCCGGAAGAAGGUAAAACUGGCGUAUCCUGAUGUCGAUGU